UUUAGCCACUGGAGCGCGAGUCAGCUAGAACCAUGGCAACAGGUGCGAUGCAGAGAUCCGGCGGAGUAUUGUGGCGGGUUAUGAUGACACCGCGGCCGACCUCGACGGCGACUUCUCCUGCGGCGCCGUCCUGUGGAGGAGCUAUUCCGUUGCCGGUGUUGUGCGGGCGCGGGGACAAAAAGACGAAGCGAGGGAAGAGAUUCAAGGGAUCAUAUGGCAACGCUAGGCCUAAGAGGGAGAAGAUGAUCGAGCGCAUUAAAGACAAGGUCGAGGUUCCCAGGUCUACUCCUUGGCCUCUUCCAUUCAAGCUUAUCUGAUUUUGAAUUCUAAGAGUUUUCUAGCUCAUAAUUUUGGGCCUUUGGUGCUAGGGAUUAGACUUCAUAAAUCUCUGAUUCAUGCUCCCUUUACCAUUUAUUACUGAAUACUGGUUUCUGUUUGAAUUCACCCAACUACUGUUACAUGUGCUUCGACUUUCAUAGUGGAUGUUAUGGCUCUUCCUUCACUGGCCUUUAUAAAUGGACAUUCACCCUUAAUUUAUACUAUACGGAAUACUGAUAGCAGUUUCGUGA